CCCUUGAGAGAGAGUGGGCGGCAUACAAAUGCUAAUAAACCUUGAAGCCACCUGGGCCUGUGGCUUGGGGGCGGGAGAGGAUCCAGUGGGGGGGGGAAUAAAGGCCAGACCUGAAUUAAAAAUGGUAGGGGAUGCAAAAUACAGGGGGUGGGGGUGGGCAGCAGAAUAGCUGAAGGGAAGUCCUCAUGACUGUGACACACACACCCCUCCAAACUGCCCGGGAGAGAAGGCCAUGCUCCCAAGCGCUCCCUGCAGGGAACGUCCCAUGCGGAUGUGUUCCGAAGGGCAGCCACCCGGGCCCCAUUACUUCUGCCGGUGGUCCAUGCCGUCCUCCUUCUAUGGCUUCCUGGUCAAGGGUGGCUUUGCCUGCAGGAGCUCCAGAAGAUAAAAGGGGCAAGGGGAGAGGCUGAUCACUCAGAGGGGCAAAAAGGUUGCAGCCAUGAAGCUUCUCCUUGGCAGCCUUCUCUUGGCUGGGGUCUGCUGGCUGGGAGCCGCACAGCAAUUACCCACCAUGGCGAACUUCGAGAGCCAAAGGGUCAGAGCUGGGAAUCCUGGAAGGGAAUUCUUCUCCCCCCCCCCCAACUCUAAGUGGAAGGGGACCCCGGGGGGGUGGGUGUCUGUGGUGCUCUCUGGGCUAGCUGGCAGACAUUUCAGGACCCAACUAGGGAACCUCAUCAUCAGUCCUGCAAGGGUUGGUUGGCUCCCAUUACGAAUGGUAUAGAGGAGACAAUGGAGUUCUGGGCUCAGAGAGGAGAAGCUCCACGGCUGUCUCUCUUCUGGGCUCCGGCGAGGCGUCUUCCUUCCGCACUGCCAGAUUUUCACCUCAUUUCCUUGGUGCCUCUCCGGGAUUCAGAAGCCUCCUGCGGUGGACAGCAAGAAGCCCUCCCUGCCAGGCACAGGCGCUUCCCCCUUGUUGGCUCCUGGACUGCUGGCACGGCUGGCAUGGAGCUUCCCCAGGCCUGGCAGGAACGGCUUGGACUUUGGAGGCCCCUCGGCGCUAACAAACUGCCGCUUUCUCCUUCCAGAUUGUCGGGCGUUGGUACCCCGUGGCAAACAUCUUUAUUGAAAAACAGUUCCCCGCAUACACGCUCAGUGCCAGCGGGAAUGGAGGCCUCCUCUACUCCUUUAAGUACCUCCAGUAAGUCUUGGAGGCUCCAGAGGGCAGGAGGGGGGAAAGCCCGGAGGGAAAGGGGGGCGGAUGGGAACCUUUCCGCGCGUGGGACUCCCAUAUCCAUCCUCAGACCCUGUCGCCGCAAUGCCCGGGCUCCAGUUAACAGCGCGCCUUGCUGCAAGCCUUCAGCCGGAAGCUGGCUCACUUGCCCCCACUCCACCCACCCCCCAAAAGUGUGUGCUGUGCUGUUUCUUUCCAGACAGGGGCAAUGCAAGAAGGCGAGCUUCCAGUUCACUGACCAAGGGAGACCGGGGACAUUCAAGACCAACUGCGUUACCGUCACGCAGAUCCUGGACACGGACUACAAAACCUACAUAAUCACUUACGUCGUAAAGGGAUCAAGCGCCUUUCUGACGCUUGCAGCCAAAGAGAAAACCUUGUCGGAGGCUCUAAGGACGAAAUUUGCCAAUUUGGCCGCCUCUGUAGGCAUCUCAGGAGCGAUUGUGCCCAUGAUCCCACUAGAAGAGUGCUAAGGAGUCCAGAGUCCAGGGGCAUGGAGGGGUCCUUGCCAGCCAACCCACACCUCGCUUGGGGAAGCAGGAAGACCCCGUCUCUGUUAAAGAGUCCCAUGCGGGUGGCUGCCUUCCUGCCAGCCAGAGGGCAGAUGGCAAGCCUUCUUUGUCAAAUGAAUCAUUAAUAAAACCCAGCAAACGAAACA